CAAAUCAUCUUGUUCAUGAUUCCUCAAUCCCUUCAAUCAUUCAGGUCAUUCUAUUGGGAAGAGCUUAUUCUGAAUUUUAGAUUUGAGGGAGUAUUUUGCAUGCAAGUGAGAAAAUAGAUGAUGGCAGAGAAGGCCUCUAAGAGGUUCGAUUCAGCUGAGAGAGUGAGAGUAACUCACGUUGGAAACCCAAUCAUGGUUAAGACAAGCCAGUCAGAAUUCCGUGCUGUUGUGCAAUCUCUCACUGGAAGAAAGAGGCCACCAUCUCCAUCUUCACAAUCUUCUUCUUCUUCUUCAGCAGAACUGAACUGGAAUUGUGAUGGGAGCCCUCAAUCCAAGGUACCCAGAUAUGAAAAUGAAGAGAAGUAUUCUUCCAUUCUCCACAGGCCACAACCCACAAAAGUCUCCUGCAACACCCACAACAUCAAUGAAAAAGUUGUUUGUCUUGAAAUACAAGUUGAAGACAAGGCGUAUGAUAAUGAAAUGUUUGACAACUUAGAGAGCAUUAUAGAUGAUACAAGUUUUACAGAAUUUCUACCACUGCUUUUAUGAGCAGUGCAGAGGAUGCAGUCUGAGGUUCUAUUCAAGGAAACCUAAAUGUUGGUCAGCUUAUACAUAGUAAGAACUACAACUUUUCCCUUUUCAUUUUUAAUGCUGAAUACAGACCUGCUGUAUUUUUAGUAUUUAAGCAGAGAUCAUGGCAGCCACUAUUGUGAGGUUAAUUAUAUGGCAUAUUUAGCUGUGGUUUCUUUAAUGAAAAAAAAAUCGAAGUUUUAAUGAUGUUCACGAGUUCAGGUAGUCUAGGGAUUUGAAA